AUUUUUAAUUAUUUAUAUUUUUCCGUUCCGUUUCCCAGUUGUGCAUUCAGUGAUUACCCAGACAAAAAUUUAUGAAAAACGCUUGGAUAAAUUUUCCUCUAAAAAUGCUGUUAUAAUAAUGGAAUGUAUAUCAUGGCCUAGAUGAUGUUUGACCAUAGUGAAACAUGCAGUGUUGAAAUGAGGGUACCUUGAGUCAGAGCAAUUAAAGGUGAAGCUACGUUAACAUGUCAGAAGACCUGCUUCAACCAGGCUUUGUCGUCAAAGACAGAUGGAAGGUGAUAAAGAAGAUUGGUGGUGGGGGGUUCGGUGAGAUCUAUGAAGGAUCGGACAUGGUAACUAAGGAAUCUGUGGCCCUCAAGUUGGAGUCAGCCAAACAACCCAAACAGGUGCUCAAGAUGGAGGUAGCUGUCCUCAAGAAACUUCAAGGUCAGGAUCAUGUCUGCCGCUUUCUUGGUUGUGGUCGUAAUGACAAGUUCAACUAUGUUGUGAUGUCACUGAAGGGGAAAAAUCUGGCUGAACUACGACGAAGCCAACAGCGUGGGAACUUUACAAUCAGUACUACUCUGAGACUUGGGGUGCAGAUCCUAAGGGCUAUUGAAAGUAUACAUGCUGUAGGCUUCCUCCACAGGGAUGUCAAGCCUUCCAACUUUGCCAUGGGGAGAAGUCCUAGUACAUGUAAGACAGUGUAUAUGUUAGACUUUGGCCUGGCCCGUCAGUACACUAAUGCCACUGGGGAUGUCAGAACACCUAGACCAGCUGCUGGCUUCCGGGGGACUGUACGAUACGCUUCUGUUAAUGCUCAUAAAAACAUAGAGAUGGGCCGCCAUGAUGACCUGUACUCUCUAUUCUACAUGCUGGUUGAGUUUGUCAUUGGUCAACUACCAUGGCGUAAGAUCAAAGACAAAGAACAGGUUGGUAAGAUGAAAGACACAUACGAUCAUAAACAUCUCUUAGAUCACCUGCCUCAAGAAUUCCAUGACUUUUUGGAUCAUAUAUCCAACCUAACGUACUACGAUAAACCUGACUAUGGGAUGUUACAUGCAUUGUUUGUGAAGUGUAUGCAGCGAAAAGGAGUGAGGGACUCUGACCCAUAUGAUUGGGAGAAGGGGUGUGGGGAUGGUUCAUUGACAACUACAACGACAACAACUACGCCCCCUGUUGGCACAAGGCAGACUCAAGGCAUGGCAGGGGUGUUGCAGGCAGGUCCGUUCACCCCAGGGUCACAUUUCCUAGCAGCCAACACAGAUGUCCCUGCAGACCAGGAGAACCUCAGUGUAGAGGCAGACAUUCCAAAUAAAGAAAAUGAAAAACGUGAAUCUCCUCGUAUAUUUGGUAUGGCACGACAGGAAUCUGGUGCACAACAACCUCCUGUGUUACGAACCUCAGACAGGAAUCUCAAUGCAGCGUUAUCUGCCAAACUCUCUGGCCUUCUACACCUUGACAAUAAAGCUCCUCUUGCGGAGUGUCGUAGUGACGAUGGCCCAGUUCGUAAACCUAGUGACGUAUCCAGUAAAACCCCACAGGGAUCUCUAAAACUUCCUGUACCAGGUGCAAGGACUACUACUACAUCCCCACUAGCAGUGUUGGAUUUACAACUUAGAAAUAUACUUAAAUCCGAACAUAGUUCAUCGUUAUCGGAGAAAGUUCAAGCCAGAAAAAGCAGUAUGCCAUUGCCGGCCCUGGCGCCAUUAUCUCAGUCAGAUCAAGAAAUUGAUAGCAAAGAAUCUCAUAAGUCCCGAGAAAAUGUUCAAAGGAACAAAAGUCCCACAGGGACAGGAAUUCCUGCUGGACAGGAAAAUGUCCCAAUUGAAGAACAAGACAAUUUAGAACCCAGUGCCAAAAUUGCUCAAAAUCAAAAAGACUUUAAAAAAGAGGAGGAUAUAUCAGAAGAUAAAGAUAGGACUAAGCAUGUUGAGAUUAAAGUGGACAGUGCCAAAGAUGAUAAAGAUAUGCGAGAUAAUGCCAAUAUUGAUGUAGCAAAACCUGAAGCCAAAAUAGCUGAACCAGUAGAUGAAGAUGAACCUAAGGAUAAACCAGAUGGAGAAGAACAAGCUUCAAAUGUAUAUGCAGAUGAAAAUGCAACAAGGGCAGCCCCAUUUACAUUCGCUAGUCAGUGGGUUGUCUCUUUUGCCUCAAGUUCUGAGGAUGAAGAAGAAAAUGCUCAUUGGGAAGUUGUCCAAAGUAGUAAACCUAAACAAGUGCCAAAUAAAGCAGCUAUUCAACAUAAAUCCUUGCCCAUUGAACAACAUGAUAAACCAGAUGAACAACAACAAACAGACUAUAUUGAACAACAAGUGCAUGAUCCGAUAAAACAACCUAAUGAAGAACAUGUGACAUCUACUGAAGAGAACAAUAUGAAACUGUACCCAUUGGAAGAUAUACAAGAUAAAAUAAAUCAAGGAUUUUUAGAAGAUGGACUUGAAGUAGAUGCUGAUAUUGAAGAUAAUGUAGAUAUUGAAGAUAAAAGUCUGAUUGAGGAUAAUAUUCAAAAUGAUGGCAUUGUUGAUGGUAUAAGAGCAAAUAAUGAUGAAGGUAUUGACGAUAUGAAAUCAAAUCAUGAACCAAAAGGUGCUUGUGAUGAUAACAUUGCAGUAUUAGAACAUAACUUAAGUGAAAAAGACAGUAUUCAACACAACCAAAAUGAUGUUGUAACUCAUAGUAAAAAGGAUAGUUUAAGUAAUAGAGAUACCUCCAAGCCUAACUUUAUAAAAGGUGAUAUUGAUGAUAGUACCAAAGAUAGAAAAGCGGAAGAAUCUGCAUUAGAUGUAGAGAAUAAUAUAGUCUCAAAUGAAAGUCCAAAUGCUCAUAUGGAAAAAAGUCCUUUAACAAGAACCCCCAUGUUAUUUUCAACUGAUGAGAGUCAUAAUGAAACUCCUGAAAAAAUGAACACCAAAUCUGAUGAACUUCUCAAAAUGGUAGUCGAGGAUGAAGUGAGGAAAGAACACAUUAAUGGUGAUGGUGCAAAUGAAGAUAAAGAUUAUGAAGAUGAUUGGGAAGAGGAGGAAGAAUGUAGUGAUGAACAAAUGAAAGAAAAUGAAAAUAUUCCACCAAGUGUUCAAAACAGUGAUCUCAAAGAUAUCAACACUAUAGGAAUAAGUAAUACUGUUGACUCUCCACGUGUGAAUGUUUCUAGUAAUGAAACUCAAUCAGUGAACCAACAAUAUAAUGCAGAGCCUGAUCAAAACCGUAAUAGCCAAAUAAUCAGUGACACAGCCAAUGUAGAUGAAGUUGGCAAUAUUAAUGGAUAUCACAUAGCAGGAGAUGUUAAUACCACUACCAAAGACAAUGUAAUAGAUAAUCAACCCAGUGCAAUGAGGCUUCAGUCUCAAACGAAGCCUCCAAGUUCCCCUGUGAAACAGCUCAGUAGUGUAGCGAGCCCUAGUCCAUCUACCAGCUUAUGUAGCUCACCUAGGACUGGUGUGAGUGGCUUAACCCCACGUAGUGGAGUUUACAGCCCUGAUGGUCCCCGCAUACCGCACCCACCACCUGGGAAGGCCCCACGCAAUGCUGUAGUUUCUGCAAGAAGAAGACGUUAUAAAGUCCCUUCUUCAGUAGAAAAUGCCAGGGGAGGUCUCAUAUCCUCAUUUCCUGAAGGCCAGUUGCAAGUGAGGGGUGAAGAGGGUGAAAAGUCCCGUAGAUUGUCCAACAAGGAGACCGAGCUAUAGUAUCUGCUGAAUUGAAGUGUACUGAAAAUGUGUACCCGAGCGUAACCCUGAAAUACAUCACAUACACAUACGUGUGUAUAACCAAUCACAAUCAUGAUGUACCGUUGAACCGAAUAUGACAAAUGCAUUCAGAUUGUAACCAACCCAUUCAAUUUUGAAGUGCAUCUUUAAGGAGUACAAAUCAAACCCUCAAACAUCCGCAUGGAUAUUUAAAUAGCUUCAGUUGGAGUUGAUUUAUAAAACAUGGCUGCCUGAGCCUCCCAUACAGUGUGAUACAAGCAAAGUGUGAUACAAGUGAUAUACCAAUGUAUGGAUUUAUACCUAAUUUAUUCAUUCUUCAGUACACAAGGUAUUGUUGAUGUUGAAGUAUUAUUUAUGUCUUUAAGAAUUGGCUCAUAUAUCAUACAGGAGUUCAAAAGAGGCAUACGAAGUAUCUGUGAGGCAUUCAAUCAAGUGAGAAAUGUAUUCACCUGCUUUGAAGCUUUGAUUAUCCUCAAAUGGGUGAUAAAACCUUAACGGUGUUAUAUUGCUUCAUUGGAUUAUGUGUAUUGAAAUAGGUACAAUAUAGACUAGACCUCUGUUUGCCUGCAUUUCGGAAUUACACAGGAUCCUGUUUGUUUGAAGUCAUCCAUGAAUUUUCAAGACAAAAUUAGCCUGUUAGAGAAUUCAAGACUAUGAGAACAACUUUAAGCCUUUGAAAGUGUUAGAAUUGAAUGAAGAUUGCCAUUAUCUUCUCAUGUCAUGAUAGUUUGUAAUGCUUUGAACGGCUUCCAUUAUUUAACAUGUUCCUUGCCAGUAAUGUCAACUUUGAAUGCUUGAAAACAUUCCAUUAAUCAAGAAAGUGAUGCUAACACAAGAUACUCAUUUUAUUCAUUUGGUCUCCAAAGACUUGAUUUUGUAUUAAAAUUAGACAAUGCCCAGCAUGUUGGGUCUAUCCAAAUUGGUUAUUUCAAGUAGAUGAUAGAUACAUACAGAAAGUGAUAGAUUUGGAAUUUGUUAGAAAGUUAGAAAAACUGUAGUCCAAUAAGAUCAUCUAAAAAGAAUUGUAGGCAGAUGUCAUUUUGUGAAAGAAAGAUAAAUUCUGUGAACCGUGAACUAAAACUAAAACUACUGUAUAAUUAAUUUGAAAAGAACAUACUCCAUAUCAUCUAAUUUUAGUAUGUUCAAUAGAGGACUUGCUGCUUGCUAUCGAGAGGAAAAUAGAUGGCAGUAGGAGUUUUGGUUGGGCUAGUUUACCAUACUGUAUUACAGUGAUAAAUGGAGAAACUGACAAAAUACAUAUGUCACCAAAAGAACAAAGUGUAAGUCCUUAAUGGUGAAAUAAUGCAAAUCUCCUAAAUUCUAAUUAAAACCAGACUCCAGCAAGAUCUAAGCGAUAUAGCAAAGCCUCUAUUGUUACAUUAAAGUGUCCAGUGGUUACAAGAUGAGCACAUGACCCAUGACUCAUGUGACUAUACAUUCCACUGUUAAACAGUGUAUUCAGUUGUAAAGUUUGAAAGAUUGAAGCACCGUUGCAAAAGCAACUUAAUAUGAUCUAAAAACACUCUGCUUGCAGAAAACACUACUGUAAGUGUGGAUAUCAUGUGCAUACAGUGCAGAGUUAAUGUUCACAUUUGAAUUGGUUGUAUUUUGUAAACUAAGCCACGUUGGCUACGCAGUUAUGUUCAUGUAUGUAAAAGAUAAUACCAUAGAUACUGAAUAAUAGGUAUCAAAUCAAAUCUGUGUAUUGGUGGUUUAUUUUCCGAAUCUAAUAAAUAUUGCUGACCUGACAUCCCUAUAGGUCUCAUCUAAGCAUAGAAUAUACAUAAAUAUAGUUGAAUACCCCGACAUGGCUUAGUUCAAAAAAUAUCAAAGUCAAAUUCAAAAAUGGUCCCCACUGGGUGCAUACUGCAUAUGAGAACCACACCUAGCGUUCUCUCCAAAACACUGUCUGCAUAGGAUGAAAAAUGGCACACUAAGAAUGCUUCAUAUGUCAGUUUUUAAUUUCAUAUUUAUAGCAAAACCUGUAAAGAUAGACACUUACAAAAUGUUUUGGUAGUUUAAAAAUAGUUUUCUGAAACAAUUGUUGAAUUCUCAUUGGCUCACAUUAAAACAGUUAUAGAGGUGUUCAUAUUUGUAGGUUAACUUAUUUAAAAACAUGAACAAUGCAAUUUAUUUUGUCUCUUAGUCCAAAUUCUUUUUGGGCUACUUGUCGAAUUCUGUCUCUAGCAACCAAGUAUUUAUCAUGUUUUAACCAUGUCCAAGCUGUCUGUCUUUUCUGAAUGAUUUAAAGGGGGGAUAUUCUUAUUUAAAAGGGGGAUAUUCUUAUUUCAAAGAGGGAUAUUCUAAUAAAUUAAAAUUGUACAUUGGUAAUAACUGUAUAGAAAUAUUGUAUUCAAGUUCUUCAAAUUGAAUACCUUAGAUUACGUAAACAACAACAAUAUCUAAUAUAAAAAUACCACAUACUCAAAAAAGUAAAUUUUAAACUGUAUUCCUUAUUAUAAUGCCAAAGAUUUCAUCUGAGUUUAGUUUGGAAGUAGGAAUAAAAGAAGGUUUAGAAAUGUGUUGUGAUUCACCCAGUAUUUGUAAGUUUGAAAAUUAGAAUUUUUGUUAUUAUGUAACUGUAGUCCAUUAUAAAUACUCAUUCAUUUGACCUAUUUUGUAAUUUGAAAGCCUAAAUUUUGGAAUAUUUUCUAUUGGUAAUUAAAAUUACUACAAAAAUAAACACAUUUUGCUAAGAACACAAA